CGGCCUCUGCUGAGCCGGGAGCGCGCUUGACUGUCAGAGUGACGCGCUUGGGUUGGGAGGAAGAUGGCGUCUGCCGGUGGGGGUGCCCUGAGUAUCUUGGAGUACUUUGGUGGGGAGGAUGGAAACCGGUGCGGUUACUGUAAGAGUGAGGCCAGCAACAUGUCACACGGAAUGUGGGCCCAUACCCUGACUGUGCAAGACUACCAGGACCUCAUAGACAGAGGAUGGAGACGGAGUGGAAAGUAUGUGUACAAACCUCUUAUGAACCAGACUUGCUGCCCCCAGUAUACUAUCAGAUUGUCAGCCUCAAAUUUCCAGCCUGCCAAGUCCCACAAGAAGGUGCUUAAGAAAGUUCAGAAAUAUCUCUAUGUUGGGGAAGUGUCUCAUUCCAAAAAUGAAGGCACUUCAGGAGAACCGAUGGAUUCCCAGGCAGAGAGCCCUGUUUCCUGUAAUGUUUCCAUUCUGGACAAGUCUGAGAUCCCACAGGAGCAAUUGAAGCCACUGAAUAUAGAGCAAGAGGAAACGGAGAAAGAUGGAGAGUCUGACAAGCAGGAGGCAACUGAUGGCUGCAGCCCUGGCCAGCGGGAGAGGCAGGAACACUGCAUACAGAGUGCUGAAGGGGAGACACACAGCCAUUCACACCCCAAGCCAGGAAGAGGUGCAGACGUAUCCAAGCCACCCUGUCGAAAAGCCAAGGAUAUUCGGAAAGAGCGCCGCAUUCAAAAACUCCUGCAGCAGCAAACUGACAAAACCUCCCUGCCUGAACCUCCUACAGGAAACCCAGUCUGUAAAGCCAAAGGCAACUGCAGCAAGUCUGUAGAGGAGUUUAUCUCAGUGGCAGCUCCAGAGAAUGCCGCACACCACCUGGAGGUAAGACUUGUGAGGUCUUCUCCUCCCAGCUCCCAGUUCAAAUCGAGUUUCCAGGAGUCCUACCAGGUGUAUAAACGCUAUCAAACAACUAUUCACCAGGACCCACCCGAUAAACCAACCAUAAGCCAGGUCAAGUUAGUCCCCGUCUCCAUGGAGGACCCUGAAUUUGUCUCGUCCUUCGAUCGUUCGGCAGCCCUGUAUGCCAAGUACCAGAUGGCCAUUCACAAGGACUCUCCUUGUCAGUGCAGCCCAGACGAGUUCACCCGGUUCCUCUGUGAUUCUCCGCUGGAGCCGGAGACUCGACCGGAUGGCCCUGCGUGUGGCUAUGGCUCCUUUCACCAGCAGUAUUGGCUGGAUGGAAAGAUCAUUGCUGUUGGAGUGAUUGACAUCCUCCCUUAUUGUGUUUCCUCUGUGUACCUUUACUAUGAUCCCGACUAUGCCUUCCUUUCCCCUGGGGUCUAUUCUGCCUUAAGAGAAGUUGCUUUCACUCGCGAGCUACAGAGAAAAGCUGCUGACCUGUGCUAUUACUAUAUGGGCUUCUACAUUCAUACCUGCCCCAAGAUGAGAUACAAGGGUCAGUAUAAACCAUCGGAUUUGUUGUGCCCAGAAACCUAUACAUGGCAGCCCAUAGAGAAAUGCCUGCCUCUUCUGGAACGUUCUAAAUACUCUCGCUUUAAUAACAACCCCAAAGAAGGGGACAGAGACCUGCUGGCGGAGUUGGGUCGGGUCCGAGUCCUGUAUAAGCGCACAGUCAUGCCCUACUGCAUCUACAAGAAGAGGCGCAAAGGGCCGAACGAUGAGGCGACUGUGAAGCAAUACGCAGGCCUAGUGGGUCAGACCUGCGCAGAACGCAUGUUGCUGUAUCGCAGCUGAGAUGGACAGUGAAUGCGUGGUUCCCAGGGGUGGGGGGGGAUGUACUGCAUGCUAUUUUGUUCUGUGGAGUCGGCUUCAAUGAAGGAAUAGGUAUUAGCCAGCAAAUAUUAGCAGCACCCAAUGUUUCUCCAACGCCUUCCUCUAUGCACUGACUUAGAGCACUAUGCAAGUACCUGCGAGUCUUACGCGGCAAUGUCAGGCUUUCCAGCUUUCAGUCCAUGAUCCUCAGGCGUCAGUUACCUGAUGGAGAAUGAUUGGAGUUGUGCAAAUGCUGGGGAGCCUUGCGUUAUCUCCCCCCGUCCCAUGGUCUAGAGCCCCCAUUUCUGCAGACUUGAACUAGGGCAGUGUUUGCGUGGGAAACAUGGCACUUUUAAGUUAUUUGUCGUUCUAGAUUAUGCCGAUUUGCCUUUUUUUGGUUCUCGCUUAUUUAGGCAUUUGAUUGGCAGACGCAGAAUGUUGGCAGUUCUAGGCUUAACCCAACAGGAUCCCACUAUGUUUUGCCAAAGGCCUGAACAACCUACUGCGUUAAUUCCAAAUGUUCCCGGCUAUGUUCUCAGCAAGCUGUUUUACGAGGUGUUCUUCAGAUCUAAGCGCACUCUUCAUUCACUUGCUAUUAUACCAUGCGGGGCCGCGUACAAACGAGCGGUUGGAAUGGUCAACGGCAGUAAGUGCAUCAGGCUCGGCCAGUUGUUUUGUUUAAAUACAUCACAAUCCAUGCAUAUAGAACUCAUACUCCCAUAUGUAAUCAAAGACACUAAGUUUGCCCAGGAGCAGUAACUUAUAGCAACCAAUAAGAUAUUUACUUUAAAACAUGUGACCAGUAAAUGCUUCCAGGUGAUUGCUGUGGGUUAUUGCUCCUGGGCAUUACAGAACCCCCUUAAGGGUGAAGACACACAGAGCUACCAAGUAGCAGCUACUUGUCAUGACUACUAAACACCGGAUAAUCCCCUGCCAUAGACAAUACUAAGAAUUGCCUGUUCUAAACUACAUAAAGCGACAAUUACAGCCUUAAUUUACUACUUGUUACAGACUCGCCCCCCCCCCCCCCCACAGCUCUCUUUCCUUUCUCUGUAUGUGCCACAUAAUGUAACAUAAUAAGUGAAGGCAAAUGAAGCUAGAUAACAAUAUGUGCACCAUGUACGCUUCUUGUUAAUAUGUCUCAUUGUGAAGUGUCCUUAGAAGCAUCCCUGAAAGUAAUUGCUUGCCAGACUGUCCGACUGGCCCCCGGGGGGUAUUGGGGGUUCAGAGUAGUGAAAUGGGCCUGAAAGCCAGUUGGGCUGGAUAUACCUGCAACCCCAGCGGGAAGGUUAGGUGAAAUGGGCAGCAAAAAUGUAUUCAGUACCCCAGGUUUUCUUGGAACUAUGGCUGAUACUGCCAUUGUUAUCCUUUAUCUGUGACCUUGUUAUGAGCUAUAGGGGGGCGUCAAUAAGGGUGAACACACACAGCUACUUAGUAGCAGCUACUUCUCACGGCUUCUAAAUACCAGAAAAUACCCUGCCAUAGACAAUACUGAGAAUUGCCUCUGCUAAAACACACAUAGAGACAAUUAUCAGUAAAUGAUCAGCAUUGUCUAUUUUAGUAGCCACGACAAGUAGCUGCUACUAGUAGCUCUGUGUGUCUAUCCACCCUCUCCCCAUGCCUAUUGCCAUUGAAUAGAACAUUAUUGGUAUAUUUUUUUCCUUUGUAUAAUGUCGGCAUUAUUAAUAUGGUUCAGCGGCUUGUACUUGUACGGCAGAUGGAACAAGAGCAAAUGACGCUGAGCCAUUUCACUCUGUUUAUUGCCAUAAUUAUGGAACUGUCCCUUCUUUUUCUUUGUAGAUAACAGGCAGAUCCCAAUGCUCUAAGCUGCCAGAAUAAAUAUGUUCCACAUUUGGGCCUUUGUGUCUCCUA